AUGCGACCCCCGCAGUUGCCGGCAGAAUUUCUGCGCUCUGGCGGUUCCGAGCAAACAGCUGCGAUGGCUCCGGCUCGACAGCAUGUCUCCCGCCUCGUUCCUAGCUCGGAUACUCUGCUCUUCCUCUGUAUCGUGGGGACUUCGUUUGCGGACUCAGUGUUAACAGGCUUCGACAGCAGCCUAAUGGGCAGUCUGAACGUCAUGCCCACCUACAACAGCUACUUCACGCUCACGACCGCAACCACUGCCCUCAACACAGCCAGUUCCUACAUCGGCGGCUGCAUGGGUUCUCUAGUCGCCGGGCUAAUCGCCGACACAUACGGACGGCGCAUCGCAAUCUGGGCGUCCGCAGCGAUAAGCGUGCUCGGCGCGGUAAUCCAAGCCGCAGCUGUGCAUAUAUCAAUGUUCAUCAUCGGGCGCGUUAUUAUCGGCGUUGGACUCGCUGUCGCUGCGACCGCGACGCCGACGUUUGUCGCGGAGGUUGCGAGGCCAGGUUAUCGGGCGUUCGCGCUGGGCAUGUAUUAUUCGUGUUGGGGGGUCGGGACGCUCCUUGCGACGGGGGUUUGUUACGCGACAAACAGCUGGCCGAACAACUGGGCCUGGCGCCUCCCCAGCCUCCUCCAAAUCGUGCCUGCCUUCUUCGCUGCGGCAAUUGUGGCCUUCGUCCCCGAGUCCCCGCGGUGGCUGGUGAGCCGGGGUCGAGCUGCUGAGGCGCUUGAGGUCCUAGCAAUCGUGAACAGCCAGGCGGAGAAAGACGACGCAUCCGUCCUCGCUCAGUUCAGCGAGAUAUCCACCGCCGUCAAACCCACAAACCAGCAGCAGCAACUCCCCUUCCUACAAUCCUGGAACACAAAGUCCAACCGCCGCCGUCUCUACCUAGUCACCAGUUUCUCGGUUAUAGUGAUGCUAUCAGGCGACAGCAUAAUCACCUUCUAUUUCGGCUCCAUGCUCAGUCAAGCCGGGAUAACUGAUCCCACAACCCAGCUGGAGGUAAACAUCGUCCUAACAUCCUGGAACCUGCUCAUCGCCGUGAUCGGCUCCUGGUACGUCGACGCCCUCCCCCGCAAGACCCUCUGCGCUUUAAGCCUAGGCCUGCUCGCAACAUUCCAGUUCCUCCUCGCCGGCCUUACAGCGCGGUAUGGCGAAACCGACAACAGAUCAGGCGUGUACGGCACCAUCGCGAGUAUAUUCCUCUGCACGGCGGCAUACAGACUCGGGCUGACGCAGCUGACGGUCUUGUAUCCGGCUGAGAUUCUAAGCUAUCGGAUUCGGGCUAGUGGGAUGGGCCUGUACACGUUCACGACAAAGGUGGCGGGGUUGGUGAAUGCGUUGGUGUUUCCGUUUGCGCUGGAGGAUAUAGGCUGGAAGACAUAUGUUGUUGUUGGGGCGGUGGAUUUGGGGAUGGUGCUUGGCGUGCUGGUGUUUUAUGUUGAGACGAGGGGGUUGGGGCUUGAGGAGGUUGAGGCGUUGUUUGGCGACGAGGGGAGGGGAGCGAAAAGGGGAGCGAGGAGGGAAGUAGAUGGUGGGACGGGGAGAGCAGAUUGUAAAUAG